AUGCAGUUCUCCACCAUCACCACACUCCUCUUUGCCGGCGUUGCCGCUGCGAUGCCCCAGCAAGCAACCUCCACCUCCACCUCCUCCGCCGCCGCUCCCUCGGCCACCUGCACCCCGGGCCCCGUGGUGGACUACACGGUCCAGAGCAACGACACCCUGACCAUCGUGUCGCAGAAGCUCAACUCCGGCAUCUGCAACAUCGCCACGCUCAACAACCUCGCCAGACCCGACUUCAUCGCCGUGGGCGCCGUGCUCAAGGUCCCGACCGCCCCUUGCGUCAUCGACAACGUCUCGUGCCUGGCCAAGCCCAGCGACAACAACACCUGCGCCACCGGCGUGUCCCCCUACUACACCAUCGCCUCGGGCGACACCUUCUUCCUGGUCGCCCAGAAGUUCAACCUCAGCGUCGAGGCCCUCCAGGCCGCCAACCCCGGUGUGGACCCCCUCCUGCUCCAGAUCGGCCAGGUCAUCAACAUCCCGAUCUGCAAUUAA